AUGAAUGUCUUUGCGCGCUGGCGACCACUGGCCGAUGCCGAAGAAGCCCAAGGCGCCAUCAACUACACAACCUCCCACAACUCACCGUUGCUCUCAGUAUCCAUCCAUCGAGCAUCUUCGCCCGAUGACCGCACCUGGGAAAGCCCCGCGGCCUUCACCGCCGUGCUCGACGCCCAGGACGACAACACGGCCGUGUACACCCGGGUGGUGCAGCCCGGCAUCGCCAGGGUCCUGCAGGGCGAGAGCGCGAGCUUCUUUGCCUACGGCCACUCGGGCAGCGGCAAGACGCACACCGUCAUGGGCUACCAACAAACCCCCAGCGGCGUCGGCCUGAGUCUCGCCGCAGCCGCUCGCCAUCGGCCUCAGCCCCCUGGAGCUCCGCGGCAAGGGCCCGACGGCAAGACGCACAUCCGGGCGCGGACCGAGACCCUCGACGGCUCCAGAGUGCGCGGGCGGCCGCUUCUCCAACGAGCCUGCCGGACGUACGAGUCGUUCUGCGACGAGCUGCAACGGGGCCUUGCGAGACGCGCCGUGGGCUCGUCCACCGUCCAUGACCAGAACUCGCGAACGCACGCCGUGCUGAGGCUGGAAGUCGUCAAGCAGAAUCUUGUCGCGGCGCGGGAGGCGCUCCUCGACCGCCAGUCGGAGCUGGUGCCCGUUGGGAAGCGCGCCACGGGCAUCAGCAUCGAGGAGCAGUCGAGGGCGUAUAUUCGCGCCGCGGAUGGUAAAUGGGCGCCUAACCCCGAGUACGCCGUCGAUCAGGCGCGCAUCGUCGCCGCCCUCGCCGAGCAGGCCGAGUUCGAGGCCCGCGUCGAGGCGGCGGAGCAGCACGUCGCCGCCGUGUAUGAGGAUACCGCUGGUCUCGGCGGCAGCCUCGUCUUCGUCGACCUCGCCGGCGGGCGUGAAGCAGUCCCCGCAGGAGAAGCAGGAGGGCCGUCAGAUCAACACGGAUCUCCUGGCGCUGAAGGAGGUGAUCCGCGCGUGUAUGGGGCUUUGGUUGGCGCCGCAACCAACCACGGAGUAGUCGACAUGGAGAUCGCGCAGCUUCUCGUCGACAUACAAGGCACGAAACACCGAGUUACACUAGAUAUCACAGUGAUCUCAAAACACGAUGUUAUAUUAGGGAUACCCUGGUUGCGAGCGAGCAAUCCACGAGUCAAUUGGAGAACCGGCCAACUUCAAUGGGAUUUACCAGGAUGCGGUUACGAAGCAGAGAGCGGCCUACGAAGGGCACCUCAUUCGAACUACGACAGGCCUCUAGGAAUAUAUGUGAUCGCCAGAGAGCCAAAAGCUGAGACAACGGAGAUUCCCAAGGAAUACUCAAAGUACAGCAAGCUGUUCAGCGGAGAGCUAGAAACAGGACUACCGGAGCAUUCACGCUGGGACCACGAGAUCAGACUCCAGCCCGGUACUGAACCAACGUUCAACAAAAUUUAUCCUCAGAACCCUGAGCAAGACAAGGCGCUCAAGGAGUAUCUGGAGGACAUGCUACAAAAGGGAUACAUACGACCAUCAGAGUCCCCAGCAGGAUACCCAAUCCUGUGGGUACCAAAGAAGAACGGGAAACUACGACCAUGCAUCGAUUACCGACACUUGAAUAAGAUCACAAUCAAGAAUCGAUACCCGUUACCGCUUAUGACGGAAAUCAGAGACAAAGUUGGAAAAGCCAAAUGGUUCACCACACUAGACUUAAAAGGAGCCUAUAACCUUAUACGGAUGAAAGAAGGCCACGAGUGGAUGACAGCAUUCCGAACCAGCAGAGGACACUACGAAUAUUUAGUGAUGCCUUUCGGGCUUACCAACGCACCAGCAACCUUUCAAAGAAUGAUCGAUACGAUCUUACGGAAACAACUAGGAGUGUUUGUGGUUGUAUACCUCGACGAUAUCCUCAUCUACUCAGAUACCCUUGAGGAACACAAACGACAUGUACAUGAGGUACUACAAACUCUACAGGACAACAAACUCUUAGUCGAAGCCUCGAAAUGCCAGUUCCACCAGAACACUGUGCACUUUCUAGGGUACGUGCUCACACACGGAGAAAUACGAAUGAGCCCGGAUAAGAUCAAAACCAUCAAGGAAUGGCCUACACCAAAGAAUCUAAAAGAAGUCAGAGGAUUCACAGCAUUCGUGAACUUCUACCGCAAGUUCUUGAGCGGAUAUGGAGACAUUUCACGACCUCUCACAAACCUAACAAAGAAAGAAGUCGGCUUCCAAUGGAACGAACCAGAAGCCACGGCAUUCCAGAAAAUGAAAGAUUUAGUUACGUCAGAACCUGUGUUGAAAGCACCUGAUCAGGACAAACCUUAUGAGCUUGAAACGGACGCCUCAGACUUUGCACUAGGCGGACAGCUUGGACAACGAGAUGAUCAAGGAAGAUUGCACCCAGUUGCAUUCUUCUCGAAGAAACUCCACGGACCCGAACUCAAUUAUGGGAUCCACGACAAAGAACUCAUGGCUAUCAUUGAGUGCUUCAAAGAAUGGAGACACUAUCUCAUAGGAGCAAAGCAUCAAAUCAAGGUCUAUACUGACCACAAGAAUCUCACAUCGUUCUUGACCACAAAGGAUCUGAACAAACGACAGAUCAGAUGGAUGGGAACCUUGUGCUAG